AGCUCAGAGCAGCAGCUCACAAGUGCUCCUUUUCUUCUCCUCUGUGACCUUUAUCUUCUCUCCUCUGACCUUCAUCUUUUCAAAUACAUAAACACGAUGAGCACAUUCGGCUGCAGACAAACCGGACCAACCCUGUGGUGAAAGCCAGUGAAUAAUUGCUGGCCUCCAGGCAUGUGAGGCGCUGUGAGAUUGGAGGUGUCUGGGUGAAAGAUGACUUUACUGGCUGGCGAUGGCUCAGACUAUGACUACAGUGCCUUAAGCUGCAUCUCGGACACCUCACUGAACCCACCACCCAUCCAGGAAAGCGAAGCCCUUAAGGGUGUUUAUUACAAACGAGCCCGGUGUCUUGCCAAGGAUCCUGAUUCGGAUGCCAGCCUCUUGCCUGGCACCCAUCGCUUGCAUGCCAUCAUCAAUGUGGGUGGCCUGCGCUACCAGUUGCCAUGGAGCACCCUGGAUGACUUCCCACUGUCACGGCUAGGCCGUUUGCGUCUGUGUACAAGCUUUGACGAGAUCAUGUGUGUGUGCGACGAUUACGAUGUAGCACACAAUGAGUUCUUCUUUGACCGAAGCCCGUGUGCUUUCAGAGCCAUCUUGACAUUCCUGCGUGCCGGCAAGCUGCGUGCUUUGAGGGACACUUGUGCUCUGUCCUUCCAGGAAGAACUGCUGUACUGGGGUGUCCCAGAGGAAAAGCUGGAGUGGUGCUGCAGAAGACGUCUGAUUCAGCGCAUAGAGGAGCGUGAUGAGCUUGAGAGGGUGGCAGAGGAAGAUGAAGAAGUGGAAGAUGAUGAAAGUGACAGAGGUGGUAGGGAAAAAGCACUGGAUAGAGAAUCUCGACUUGGCCUCUGCAUGGUCAAGCUAAGGGACAUGGUGGAAAGGCCGCACUCGGGUCUCCCUGGAAAGAUCUUCGCUUGCCUCUCAGUGCUCUUUGUCACCAUUACAGCCAUUAAUCUAUCUAUAAGCACCAUGCCUGCCAUGAGAGAGGAGGAAGAAGCUGGCAAAUGCUCCCAGAUGUGCUACAACAUCUUCAUCGUGGAGACAGUGUGUGUGGCGUGGUUUUCUCUGGAGUUCACACUGCGCUUCAUUCAGGACCGCAGCAAGCUGGCCUUCCUCCGUCGCCCGCUUAAUCUGAUUGACGUGGUUGCCAUCUUACCCUACUACAUCACCCUGGCUGUGGACGGCACUUCCACAGGCUCAGGCAGCAGCUAUCUGGACAAAGUAGGGCUUGUUUUGCGUGUCCUUCGGGCUCUGCGCAUCCUGUACGUGAUGCGUUUGGCGCGUCAUUCGCUUGGCCUUCAGACGCUUGGCCUUACCGCACGCCGCUGCACGCGUGAGUUCGGCCUGCUCCUGCUGUUCCUAUGCGUUGCAAUCGCACUCUUUUCCCCUCUCCUGUACCUCAUCGAGAACGAGGUGACUGCCACGCAGGAGUUCAGCAGCAUCCCAGCCACGUACUGGUGGGCCGUGAUCACAAUGACGACAGUAGGCUACGGUGAUAUGGUGCCACGCAGCAUACCUGGCCAGGUGGUGGCGCUCAGCAGCAUCCUGAGCGGCAUCCUACUGAUGGCUUUCCCCGUGACAUCCAUCUUCCACACAUUCUCCCGGUCCUACGUGGAGCUGAAGCAGGAGCAGCAGCGCCUCCAUCAGCGGCGAACUCACUUCCUUCUGCGUGGGCGCGUUCCUGGUCUUGGCAGUAAUGCGUCACUAGACAGUGACGUUCUGUUUCCCAGCGCCUCGUCUGAUCAGAGAGACCUAGAUGACUGAAAUAAAGACACAAAUAAAAACAAAACAAAUGGAGUGAAUAAGGACAUGUCCAGUUCAGACACAUUCAGCAGUCUGAAUUAGGUCGUCACUCUUGAAAAUGAGCUCCAGAGGGCUCAGUAUUUAAGAAGUCAGCCUUUAACAGACACAGGGUGAAUUCAGGUACAGUAUAUCAGAUGAAUAACAUCUUCAAGUGAUGGUUUCCUGCUUCUGUACUUUCUUUCUAUAUGAUGAACAUAAAAGAAGUAUUGGUAUGGGUACUUAUUACCUAUAGUUUACAUAAAGAUUUCCAGCAUCAUGUGAUUUCAUUGCUUAUACAAAUCUUAAACAGUUUCUAAUUAAUACAUUUAAUUAUCUAGAAUGAGUAAUUCAUGCAUCUUUAGCGUAAGCCAAUUACAUUAGUAUCUGGGGAUGUUGUAGCCUAGUGUUUAAGGUGUUGGACGUCUGACCAGAAGGUCAUGAGUUUGAAUACCAGGUCCACUAAGCUGCCACUGCUGGGCCCCUGAGCACGACCCUUAACCCUCAGUUGUAUAAAUUGAAGUAAAAUGUAAGUCACUCUGGGUAAGGGUAUCUGCUAAAUGCUGUAACUGUAAAUGUAGAAUCUCACGAGACUGUUGGCACUAAUGGGAAUUUUAAGUACAGCGAUACAGCAGCUCGAGUAGAACGGCCCUGACCCGUAACAUGGAACGAAUGUUCGCAUUUGAAUGAGUUCAAUUAAAUAAGCUUUCAGUGUAUGAAUUUGGAAAAAAUAAAAUCAAAGAUAUACCAACCCCUGCUAAUGUGCACUAUAUGGCUAAAAGUAUGUGGACACCUGACUGUAAAAGUUACACUUCAUUAAACAUUUGCCACACAAUUGUCUAGAAUGCCUUUGUAUGCCUUUGUAUGCUGUAGCAUGACAAUAUUCCCUUUUACUUGUGCUAAGAAGCCUCAAAAAAUCCCAGCAUGACAAUGCCCUUAAGCACAAAGUGUAAAGACAUGGUUGGCCAAAGUUGGAGUCAUAGUCUUGUGCUCACACCAACACGCCAAGAUCUAGAAAAAAGACUUCCGCGUAGAGUAGAGGUUAUAAUAACAGCAAAGGCGGGACAAAUCUGGAAUGGGAUGUUCAUAAAGCACAUAUGAGUGUCAGCGUCAGGGUUCCACAAAAAUGUAGGCCAUAUAGUGUGUGUCCCAUAUGAUCAAACAUGUCAUCAAAAUGAUUCUCAGUCACUCCUAACAAAAUGGUAAGCCAUACUUCUUAGAAUAUGAUAGAAAUAUUUUUCCAUCACAUGUUUUAUUAAUGGUCAAAAGCGGUGGUAAAUCAAUAAACUGUACAACAUAUCUGAAUUCACCCUUUUAAAAAUGCGUUACAUUACAUUGUUCUCCUUUUUAAUCACGAUACCCAUGAUAUGAAAACACAGAAGAGGAUCCCAUGUUUAAGAAAUGAAGCAAACUAUGUAUUCCUUAGAAGGUUUGAACCUGUAAUCUAGUAUAUCGUAUGUAUGUAUUUAUUCCUCAUAAAAUUUCUGAAUACUGCCAAUCUUACAGCACAAGUUUGAAUCAAAAGAAAGUUAAUGUCCUAUACUAUAGGCUAUUUACAGUAAGCACAAUGCCCAUAAGCUACAGUAAACACCAUCAAGGUCACUGGUCUUGUCUUCUCUAUUACUGUUGACAAGUUUCCAAAAUGAAUAAAGAAGUCACAUUUUGUAUAAUGACUUGAAGCUUGAUUCCCUACAUGGAGUAACAAAUGAAUAAAUUUGUUCUGAUUUGUGUUGGUGCAAAUUUACUCUUUACAUCCAACUUCUCAUGGGUACAAGGUAUAUGUAGCUCUUUUAUGCUUUUGAUAAUUAAUUGCUCCUCUGGAUUGUUAUUGCAUGAUUUAUGGUCAUAGUGAACACCAGAGGGCAGCAUAAUAUCCAGGUUGAUGCAAUUGUUAUUACAGUGAAAGGUUUAAGGAUUAUGAGAGAAAGUAAAACAAUUACACCAGCUUUUGAAUAUUUGAACCUGGUAAAUGUAAUGUUUCUUCAUGCAUUAUAGAAUUCUGUGAAAAAAAGUAAGCAUAAGACAACAUUUUCUUUAACAUUGGUCCAAUUCUUUGUAAUCAAAGGAAAUUCAAUAAAA